AUUAUCGCUCUCACUUCAGAUUUUAAACCAAUCAUGGCAGCAUCAAAACUCCUCGUAUCCGACAUCGCCUCUGUCGUUGAUCACGUCCCUUCAAACUACGUCAGACCAGUCUCUGACCGUCCAAAAAUGUCCGAGGUUCAAACUUCCGGCGACUCUAUUCCUCUAAUCGAUCUCCACGACCUCCAUGGACCUAAUCGAGCUGACAUUAUCAAUCAGUUUGCUCAUGCAUGCUCUUCUUGUGGCUUCUUCCAGAUCAAGAACCAUGGAGUACCAGAAGAAACGAUCAAAAAAAUGAUGAAUGCGGCAAGAGAGUUUUUCCGGCAAUCAGAGAGCGAAAGAGUGAAGCAUUACUCAGCAGAUACCAAAAAGACAACGAGACUCUCCACAAGUUUCAACGUUUCCAAAGAGAAAGUCUCUAACUGGAGAGACUUCCUUCGACUCCAUUGCUACCCUAUCGAAGAUUUCAUCAAUGAAUGGCCCUCAACACCGAUCUCUUUCAGAGAAGUCACAGCCGAAUACGCUACAAGCGUUAGAGCCUUGGUUCUGACACUUCUUGAGGCAAUCUCAGAGAGCUUAGGUCUUGCGAAAGACCGUGUAAGCAAUACAAUAGGCAAACAUGGUCAACACAUGGCUAUUAACUACUAUCCCCGGUGUCCUCAACCAGAGCUAACUUACGGACUUCCGGGGCAUAAAGAUGCAAACUUGAUCACUGUUCUUCUUCAAGAUGAAGUCUCUGGUUUACAGGUGUUUAAAGAUGGUAAAUGGAUCGCUGUUAAUCCUGUUCCCAACACUUUCAUAGUCAACCUUGGUGACCAAAUGCAGGUUAUAAGCAAUGAAAAAUACAAGAGUGUUCUUCACAGAGCGGUUGUGAACAGCGACAUGGAGCGGAUAUCGAUACCGACAUUCUACUGUCCUUCUGAAGAUGCUGUGAUUAGUCCAGCACAAGAGCUGAUCAAUGAGGAAGAAGACUCUCCUGCUAUUUACAGAAACUUUACAUAUGCUGAAUAUUUUGAAAAGUUUUGGGACACAGCAUUUGAUACUGAGAGCUGUAUUGACUCGUUCAAAGCAUCCACCGCCUAAGAUAGUGUACUAUCGAAUCAAUCAUCCGUCAUGACUAGGCCGGUCCUUAGUUCUUGAUUGGAACUCAAAUACCCAUUUGUGUUGCCAUUUCAAGAUCAGUAUAGUUUUCUUUAAUGAACAAAUCUGCCUGAGAAGUAAAACAAACUGUUCUUGCAACAUUUUGAAAUCAUUAUGUUUUUAU